UCUACUCUUCUUCCCAGACAUACACAAUACUCCAUAUUCAGAGAGAGAGAGAGAGAGAGAGAGAGAGAACUUUGUGAGGAAUUCUCCUCAGUAAGAUGGACAAGAAGAACUACAACAAACCACCACCACCACCAGAGAUAUCCAAUUGCGAUUUCUGCAACCAUGAAUACGCCGUGCUGUACUGCAGAGCCGACUCAGCUAAGCUGUGUUUGUUCUGCGACCAGCAGGUGCACUCGGCCAACGCCCUCUCCAUCAAGCACGUGCGGUCGCCGAUCUGCGACAACUGCCGGUCGGGGCCGGUCUCCGUCCGCUGCUCCACCGACGGGCUCGUGCUGUGCACCGGCUGCGAUCGGGACCCUCACGGCGGCGACUCCUCCGCCGUCUCGGAUCCUCGCCGCCGCGUCGCCGUUGGGGGGUUCUCCGGCACUCCGUCGGCGGUUGAGCUCGCUGCGGCUUGGGGAAUCGAUUUGAAGCCUCAUACUCGUUCGAGUGAUUAUUCAACUGUGUACAAGUCUACGGCCUUGAGUUUUCGAGAUUUAAGGGAGGACUCUGGUUUUGAUAGCGUUCCGAGUUUUGAUGUGUCGACGUUGAAGAAUUCGGGUUGUGGGAGGUACAAGAAUAUGAUGCGUAAGCAGUUGGAGGAGUUGGCUUUAAGGGAAAGGGUGAAGGUGGAGAGAGGUGGGGUUGAAAUGGAAGUUGGAUCUCCAGAUCGAUGUGGUGAGGAGGAGAGUUCGCAGGGUGUUGAAUUUGAUAAUGGGUAUGAUGAGGAGUUGUUGCAUCAGCAAACAAGGCUUACCUCUCUGCUUAUGCUACCAACGCGAAUGGAUUCUGGAGAAAAUGGCUGUGUUGAGGAAGUUAGGAAUAUGGGGAGUUGUAAUCCCACGUAUCAGAUGCCACCGCAGGUUUGGAAUUUUCAUUCAGGAAGAUCACGAGAUUGCGAUGAACCUGCUCAUGCUGCAAUAGGAUACGAUUCAGAGAAUUCAGAAUAUAUGAUCGAGAACUAUAAUGACUUCAUAAAGGAAACUUCCUUGGCAACGACAGAAGUGAUGGAAGACAUGUAUGAGAUGAAUUGUGCUACAAUAUACCAGGGUAUGCCAUUGCAACAGAAUCGCUCAAAGAAUCAGGUAAUAUCAAGCUGCAGAGCUACAAAAGCCGAAGGUAAUACAGCAGAUUGCAAUAGCGUUCCUGUGCUCGAAUGUAGGUUCUAUGAACCCAACCCAUACACUAGCAUCAGCAAUAUCCAGUUCAAGGAACACCCUUUUCUGUCUAGGAAUUUACAAACCGCAACACCUAACUAUGACCCGGAGCUGAUGGCACAGAACAGAGGCAAUGCCAUGAUGCGCUACAAAGAGAAGAAGAAAACUCGAAGAUUUGACAAACACAUCCGUUAUGAGUCGAGGAAGGCCAGAGCUGACACUAGAAACAGAGUGAAGGGUCGGUUUGUGAAGGCAAGUGAAGUUCCGGAUGUUAGAAUCAGUGGUUGAAUUUGUUCCAAAAAGAGGUUGAUCAUCUUGAAGUUUGGCCUAUACAAUGUAAUCUGCAUUGAUUCCGCAAAAUCAUACCGGCAUGACUUGUGUUUCGUUUCAAGAGUAAUGCUACGGACAAAGACGUCUGGAACAGUUCGAAGAAGGUGGAUCCUGCAGUGUAUCUGGGAUCCAUACCACCUAACAGCUCCCCACACCUUAGCAUCCGAGUCUAUGUCCAAAUUUGUAUCUGUAGCAUUUUUGUAAUUUCCAAUAGUGUACUCCCUCUUUUUGUAAAACAAUAAUAGUAGUACUUUCUACCGACUAGUUUUUUUUCUCCAAAA